AUGCCAGGCCUGUACUCCCUCUCGUCCUGGGAGUCUCUGCCCUUGAAGAGCUCCAGGGUGAAGGCUUGUGCCAACGGGUACUCCCUGAGCAUCACCGCUCACCUCGUGUACACCAAUCCCUCCCAGGAGCCUGUGGAAGGCAUCUUCAUCUACCCACUGGAGGAGUCAGAGGUGGUGGCUGGCUUUGAGGCAGCGGUGGGCAGCCGGCGAGUGACCUUCCACGUCCAGAACCGGCACCGGGCGCAGGACUGCUGCCUGCAGUGCGGGCCCAAUGCCGGGCGGCCGCGCCGCUGCACCGCCGGCCACCUUGUCCUGGACGAAGAUGUGGAGCAUUCCACGUUCAUCAUCGUCACAGGCACGCUGUGCCCUGCGGAGAGCCUGGCGGUCACGCUGCGCACGGCACAGGAGCUGCCCACACUGCCCGACGGGGCCCUGCGCCUCCUCCUGCCUCCCCUCCUCACGCCCCGCGUCCCCGCCGACCCCGAGGCUGAGCCGGCAAGCUUGUGUGACGACAGGUUGGCUCUAUGCCCCACCAGCUGUUUCGGGGGGCCAGGGGCCCGCAGCCAGCCACCCCCCACAGUGCCUGUGGAGAACGUGGACAUCUUUCGGGGACGGCCCUGCAACCCUUUUCCUUACGAAUUUGCCUUCGAGCUGCUGGUGAAGGGCCCGUGCCUGCUGGCAGGGCUGGAGAGCCCGUCCCACGCCCUGCGAGCUGACGCCGAGCCCUGGGCGAGCUCUGCGGCCACCACCUGUGUCACCCUGGCCGAGCCCCACCGCUACGACAGGGACCUGGAGAUCAUCCUCUACCCCUGCGAGCCCCACCACCCGCACCUGGUGAUGGAGGUCGGCACCAUGACGUACCCCGAGUACGAGGCUCACGUCCGGAGCCGCCAGGAUUUCACGCGGAUUGCCAGGAAGGACGGCAGCGGUGACAGACAGGUGGCUUUCGUGCAGAAGCGUUUCCACAAAGACAUCUUCCCCAACCCUGUGCUGAUGCUGAACUUCUGCCCGGCGCCGGAGGCCAUCCCCGGGGACCUGCAGAGCGUCACCCGUGAGAUCCUCUUCCUCGUCGACCGCAGCAGCACCAUGAGCGGCCCCGACCUUGACAAGGUCAAGGAGGCUUUGCUGGUGGCCCUGAGGAGUCUUCCAUCGGGGACAUUGCUCAACAUGGCCAGCUUCGGUGCGGACAUCCAGCCGCUCUUCCCAUCCAGCCGCCUCUGCAGCAAUGAGACGCUGCAGCGUGCCUGCCAGCACCUCGGUGGGCUACAGGCAGAGGAGGGGAGCACCAACCUGCUGGCAGCGCUGGGCUGGGCGCUGGCGCAGCCCCCCCACCACGGCUACCCCCGCCAGCUCUUCCUCUUCACCGCAGCGGCGGGCAACGCGGGCAGGAUCCUGCGGCUGGUGCGCAGGCAUGCCAGCACCCUCAGGUGCUUCAGCUUCGGCAUGGGCCCGCGGGCGUGCCGGCGGCUGCUGCAGGGCAUGGCCAAGCUGAGCCACGGCCGCGCCGAGUUCCUGAGCCCAGCCGAGCGGCUGCAGCCCAAGCUGAUCAGGUCCCUGAAGAAGGCGAUCGAGCCGGCUGUCAGCGACAUCACCAUCGACUGGUAUGUCCCCGACAGCAUGGAGGCUCUGCUCUCGCCCACCGAGCUCCCGGCCCUCUACCCCGGCGACCGCCUCGUCAGCUACUGCGUCCUCUACAGCAUCGCCCGCUUCCGCGACAAGCGGCCGCCGGGCCGGGAAGGGGCUCACCGGGGCUCUCGGGGCUCAGCUUUCCCCUCCCAGGAGGAGGUGCCCAGCCCUGGGGAGAGCCGCCAGCCACCCCACAGCGCCCCGGGCUCUGGGGACGCCUCCCUGGAGCUCUCCGUCGGGGGCACGGAGGUGUCGGAGCGCAGUGCGGAGCCCGUUUCGGGGGGAGACAUCUGGAAGCGGAUUUACCAGCCCUCCUACAUCCAAGAGCAGUACAUCCUGACACACUGCUCCGUCAGCACCGACCGCAGCCGGGGGCUGCUCUCCCGCAGCUCCACCAGCAGCGAGUCCACCGGCUCCCGAGACGUGGCCCCUGAGGGCGGCUCCUCGGGCCCUGGCGCCGAUGCCACCUCCCAGCAGGGCCAGAAGAGCUUGUCCCUCUGCGAGUCCUCCACCAAGUCUGCCCCACUGCCCUCCACCCUAGCUGGCACCAAGGUGCCGGCGGCCCUGAGCACGGAGGAGCUGGCGCAGCGGAAGACGACGCUGGCCCGUGCCGCGCUAGCUGGCCGCAGCUUUUCCUCGCCACAUGGGGAGCUGGACGCCCACCGGCUCCGACGGGCGCUGGAGAAGGUGUCGCAGAAGAGGAACCAGUCCCUAGAGGCGCGGCUGGACGAGCUGGGACCCCAGGGACGGCGGCUGCAGCCCAGCGCGGUGGAAUCGAAUAACCUCCUCUCGCCCACCCACCUGGACUGGGACAUGCUGGUGGAGCCUUCCUACCUCUUCAGCUCCUCGCCUGCGCCCGAGACGGUGCCACCCAGCCUGGGGGCCGCCAGCUUGCCCCUGCGCUGCCAGGUGGUGAUCCACGCGCUGCGUGCCGGCAGGCCCGUGUCCUGGGAGGUGACGGCAUCGCUGGAACCGCUGCUGCAGCCCCGGGAGGGGUCAGGCAGGGAAGCCCCCCCACGCCGGACGGGCAAGGCCUGGGACAAGCCCCUGCACCGCUUGGCAGCGCGUUCUGUCGUCCGCGACAACGAGAACGCAGCGCAGCGUGAAGCCGAGCUGGAGCAGGGUUUCUCCCGCCGGUUCCGCCUGAAAGCUGUGCAAACCAGCAAAGCCUGCAAUGUGCCUUCUCUCUACACCCGCCUGGUGCCCGUGGAUGGGGUCACGCAGGCGGCUCUGCCCCUGGCCCCCGAGCUGUGGGGCACAGCUGGCUCAGCCAGCCGACGAGCCCCCGCAGCAGGGAACUGGCAGCACCGGAGCUCCUCGGCGGGUCUGGCCCUGCAGCGGGAUGUAGAGGAGCAGGAUGAGGCCCUUGUCACUGCAGGGCGAGAUGAGACCCCCGGGUCUCCAGCCAGCAUCUCCUCCCCUACAUCUGGCUGGGAAAAGCAGAACUGCUCCAAUGGUCCUCCAACCAGCCCCUCCACCACCUCCAUGGGCUCCCAAAAAUCCACAGAGAGCAUCAUUGGCUCCAGGUUCAACCUGAGCCGGCGCCGGGGGCUGGCGCUGCGCCCACCCUGCCUCAGCCCCGGCAGCGAGCGCUCCAGCACCUGCGCCAGCCACGACUACCUGCCGCUGGUGCAGCUGCAGCAAGCCCAGGGCCCCUUCCAGCUCACCGAGAGCUUCUCCGAAGUGGUGCAGAUCCCCCUGGACCGCCUGCGCCGGGCCUCCCCGUACGCCUCCCACCGCGCCAGCCUCAGCCCCACCUCCCCGGGGGCGAGGAGCAGCCCCGAGGCCCAGGCUGGGGGCCAGGAGGGCGAGGAGCCCCCCGCAGCCCCCCUGCCCGACUCGCCCCCGUCCCGCAGCACGUGCUCCGAGGUGGCCAGCUCGGCCGCGUGGGCACAGGCCGACAGUGGGCACGGCUCCGAGUCCGACACCGGCGCCCACUCCGCCGCCCCCUCCGAGGCCGGUGCCAGCUGGCACGACGUGGGGCCGGAGGACCUGGAGAGUGCCAGCUGGGCCACGGCCGUGGCCUUGGCGUGGCUGGAGCACCGCUGCGCCGGCUUCUUCGAGGAGUGGGAGCUGGUGGCGGCCAAGGCGGACGCGUGGCUGCGGGCGCAGCGCCUGCCCGAGGGGGUGGCCGUGGGCUGCCUCAAAGGGGCUGCCCGGCACUUGUUCCUGCUCCUGCGGCACUGGGACGAGAACAUUAAGCUGAACAUGCUCUGCUACAACCCCGGCAACGUCUGA